AUGUACGUCUGCACCUACUGCACGACCCUAAACCAAGACUCCGACCAAACCUGCUGGACCUGUGGCGUCCUCUCCUGCUCCCACUGCCGCCUAACCCACGGCAGCGAAUGGCUCACCCACACCCGCGGGCUCUCCACUCUCCUCGCCUUCCAAUCCUCUCAAACCCGCGGCUGCCUGAAAGACCUGCAAAUGGAACUCCCACCAAUCCGUGGAGACUUCGCUCCACCGGACUGGAUCGACGUAGACCACUUCGAGCGCUCCUUGACGAGGACGGCGUUUGAUCAUUCGAAUGCGUGUCCUGGGGAAGGAUGUACAGAGUAUGAUGGGCAUGAAGAUAAGGAGGAGGGGGAGUUUCAGGUUCCGACGUGGUUGAGUGAUAUGGCGUUGAAGUUGGUGUUGGCGGAGUGGCAUAGGAUAGGGGAUCCGGAUUUCGACGAUGAGGAGGAGGAUGGUGAUGAGGGAGCGCAGGAUGCGGUGGACGUGUGGUAUUAUUUCUCGGAGCUCGAGGCGGUGGAUUGGUGA